AUGGAUUUGUCAUACACCCGUGGCCAGGCAGAUACCACCCAGAACAGGAACCAGAGCGUAUCGGGUUUCACUGGUGCCAAUAACUCGCACGGCAAUGGAUCCUCCAGUGGCUGCAAUGAACAGCUGUGGAUCUCGACAGAGGUCUUCGUCAUGCUGGGGAUUGUCAGCCUCCUGGCAAAUAUUUUGGUCAUCACAGCUAUUGUCAAGAACAAGAACCUUCACUCCCCCAUGUACUUCUUCAUUUGCAGCUUAGCAGCAGCUGACAUGCUGAUCAGUGUUUCCAAUGCUUGGGAGACUAUCAUCAUUGCCAUGCUGAAGAGCCGGCACCUACUGGCUCAAGACAAGUUGAUCAAGAGCAUAGAUAAUGUGUUUGACUCGGUGAUCUGCAGCUCACUCCUCGCCUCCAUCUGCAGCUUGCUAGCCAUCGCCGUUGACAGGUACAUCACCAUCUUCUAUGCCCUGCGCUACCACAACAUCAUGACAGUGAGACGGGCUCUGACCAUUAUCACUGGCAUUUGGACGGUUUGCAUCUGCUCGGGGAUCCUCUUCAUCAUCUAUUCGGAGAGCACCACUGUGGUCAUUUGCCUCAUCGCCAUGUUUUUUGCCAUGCUUGCCAUCAUGGCCUCGCUCUAUGUCCACAUGUUCAUGCUUGCCCGCCUGCACCACAAGCGCAUUGCUGCUCUGCCCAGCAGUGGUGCCGUCCACCAGGCAGCCAACAUGAAAGGGGCCAUCACCCUGACCAUUUUGCUCGGGGUUUUUAUCGUCUGCUGGGCUCCGUUCUUCCUGCACCUCAUCCUCAUGAUCUCCUGCCCCCGAAACCCUUACUGCAUCUGCUUCAUGUCACACUUCAACAUGUACCUAAUCCUCAUCCUGUGUAACUCGAUCAUCGAUCCCCUCAUUUAUGCUUUCCGCAGUCAGGAAAUGCGGAAGACUUUCAAAGAAAUAAUCUGCUGUUACAGUCUGCGGGGGAACUGUGACCUACUGAGUAAAUAUUAA